AUGGACCCCAACCACAAAGACCAGCGCAUCGUCAUUAUCGGCGCCGGGGUGUUUGGCCUCGCCGCCGCCCGUCAACUGGCGUCGGAGGGCUAUGGCAACAUUCUGGUGCUGGACCGCGACAUGCCGCCGGUGUCGGAUGGCUCCAGUUCCGAUAUCUCUCGCAUGAUCCGCUUCGACUAUGCUGAUGAUGACUAUCUCAGCAUCGCCCACCAGGCCUAUCAAGAGUGGUCCAAGCCCAAGUAUCAGGGGUUCUUCUAUCCUGCUCCCUUCAUUCUGACCGGCAAUACCAGCCCCCACGGCCAGGCUUGGAUUGCCAGCACCACCGCAGCCCUGACCCGCCGACAGCUGCCCUACACGAGACUGGAGGAUGUCGCUGCUGCAAAGCAGUUGCACCCCGUCUUGAGUGGCACCCUGGCAGCUCCGCCGUUUAAUGGUUAUCUCAACACCCAGGCUGGCUGGGCAGAUGCCAACAAGGCCAUCAGCCAGAUCCGAGACGAUUGUCUGGAACUGGGUGUCUCGUUUCUGUCGGGCCGCAGAGGAACUGUGGUUGGCUUCGAGACCAAUUCAUCAAACAAGAUCAAGGCGGUGCGAACUUUGAUCGGUCCUCCGAUCGAAGGCGAUUGCUUUCUGCUGACUGCCGGGGCCUGGGGGUCUAGCCUGGUCCCGAUGUAUAAUUCCACCCUGACCACCGCGCAAGUGGUGGCGUAUUUGCGCCUCACCCCAGAGGAAAUGGUCCGGUACAAAGACCUUCCGAUGUAUGCCAACUUCUCCACCGGGUGGUUCAACUUCCCCCCUCACGAGGAGACUGGAAUUCUUAAAUUUGCCAUUCACGGCUGGGGCUACACACGCACCCCGGGCAGCGAAGAGGUCCUUGCAAACCGGUCGAAUCUUUCUGCUCCCCCUUUGAUCCCGCCCCGGGAGCGUCGCAACUUUGUGCCCGCAGACGGGGAAGCGAGGUUACGAGCUGGGUUGCGCGAGAUUCUCCCAGAACUAGCCGAUCGUCCCUUUGAGAAGCUGGCAUUGUGUUGGUACACAGACACUCCGACCGGAGAUUUCAUCAUGGAUUACCAUCCAGACUACAAAAAUCUGUUCUUUGGGGGGGCUGGAAGUGGGCAUGGGUUCAAAUUCCUUCCUGUUUUAGGUGAUUAUAUGUCGCUUGCCUUGAAGAAGAGCCUCCCGGACAACUUGGCCACAAAAUGGCGAUUUAGGACUGAUUAUGCGACUCGCGACGAUGUUUUUCUGGGAGACGGAAGUCGUGGGGGGCCUGUUCGUCGAGAAUUAAACCCUCAGGAGAGGGCAAAGUUGUAG